AUGGCGCCCGCUCCCGUCAUGAUGGACUUGUCGGACGACUUCGUCGCCACCGCGGCCCCCACCAAGUCGCCCGUCCCUCAGAAGCGCAGCCUUCUCCUCGCUCCGCCGUCCCUGGCCGCCCACGAAGAAAAACUACGCCGCGUCUUCUCCUCGUACGACCGCUCCUCGUCCGAUCUGCACAUGCUCGACCGUCUAGGCUCCGGCCUCGUCUCCCUGCCUGCUGACCACUACGACCAAAUCCUCGUGCUCACGGACGUCACCGGCGAGCGCCGCCGCGAGGCUCUCCAACUCCUCAGCCGCUCCGUCUACUCCACACUCGUACCCUCGAUGAAGUCCGGUGCCGUGCUGCGUCUGCAGGAUGGCCCCCUCCCGGUCGCGGAUGCCCGCGAGGCCAUCCUCGCCGGUCUCGUCGAGAAGGACGGUGCUUUCAAAAAAGUGGCGGAGGAGCAGGUCGUCGUGCCGCUGCGCCUGGGUGGGAAGAAGAAAAAGGCCAACGGCUCCGUCAAAAAGGCACCGGUCGCACCCGCACCCGCACCCGCACCCGCACCGCCCGUCGUCUCGAACCCUGUCCAGAUCAACCUCGACGACGACUUUGGAGAUGACGACGAACUCGUCGACGAGAAUGACCUCUUGACGGCCGAGGACUUUACACGGCCCAUCAUGCAGCAGAGAGAAGGAAGAAGAAAAGAAGAAGAAGAACUGACAUUUCCUUCCAUCAUCAUAGCCCUCGAAUGCCAGCCCAAGCCUGGAAAGCGCCGUCGCGCCUGCAAGGACUGCACGUGCGGUCUCGCCGAACGGAUAAAUAAGGAGGAUGAGGAGCGUCAGAACAAGGCCAAGGCCGACCUCGACGUGAUGAAACUGCAGUCAGACGACCUGUUCGACGAACUCGACUUCACCGUCAAAGGAAAGACGGGAUCGUGCGGCAACUGCAGCCUGGGAGAUGCCUUCCGCUGCGACGGCUGCCCAUACAUUGGUCUACCGCCCUUCAAGCCAGGCGAGGAGGUCAAGAUCAUGAACGACAUUGCCCAGUUGUAA